AUGGCGUCGACGUUGACCCGCCAGCAUGAUCGCUCUGCGGUCCCAGAAUCUUCGACCUCGCACCCAGACAAUCCGAUUCCAGAAGAGCCGCGGGAUAUUCCCAAUUUGACAGUAUCGGACCCUAACUUUGACGCCUCUCCGGACUCGCAGUCGUCGCAGUCGGUGAAUCUUUCGGAGAGUGACUCGGAAGCUCCAUCCACCCCGGCGACGGAGCCUCAGUCAGACGAUGGCCUGGAGCAGCUACGGGAUGAACAGAAGCAACCCUCCAGGGAGCCUGGUCGACGACGAGCGUCGACCGUGCUCAUCUCACAGAAUGCGGAUGACAUGCAGAGAAUCCUCGGACAGGUUGGCACUGGAGGUACACAGUUGGUCGAGAAAGUUUGCUGCGGCGGCGGAUGCUGCAUGAGCCAGCCAUUGAGGGAUAAUGGCUCUAGCUCUACUGCCCAUCCUGUGGUGCCGCCCACGAACAAAGCUUUCCAGAGUUUGGGGUUGAAGCUGGGCCACUUGAGUCUGGACAGCGAGUUGACCAACAUUGUCGCACUGCCGGAGAAGACAGUCACUAUCUCUCCGGCUCCGGCCAGCGCCAUUGACAUGAAACCGACUCCCGAGGACCAUCCUCCCAGAUUCGUCCAGCCCCAUCCUCCCUAUGAGGUCUACCGGGCGCCUCUUCACCAUGCGCGAGAGCUUACCAGGCCGGGUGCGGAGAAGCGCACCUACCACUUCGACAUCGACGUGACAGACUACCCCGAGGAAGGAGGAAACGUCGAUUUUGUCGUUGGAGGAGCCAUUGGGGUGUGCCCCAAGAACAAUGAGGAAGAAGUGGAAAUGGUGUUCGACCUUCUCGGCAUACCUAAGGCUAUCCGCGACAAGAAGAUCACGCUGCACACCACCAAGGGUCGCUGGCCCACGAUUUGGGGCGAGGACAAGCCGCGGGACCUGGUUACUACACGAAGGGAGGUCUUGAAUUGGUGUUCGGACAUCACCAGUUACCCGCCUACCAAGCCUCUUUUCCGACUAUUUGCAGAAUAUGCUUCAGAGCCCAAUGAGAAGAAGAUUCUCAUGUAUCUGUCUUCAGCUCAGGGCCAGGGAGCUUUUUGUGAUCUCCGCACCGGGUGCCACAUUACGCUGUCGCAGCUGUUGACCGCGUUCCCCUCGAGCCAGCCGCCGCUCGACUACCUUCUCUCCGCCCUAAACCAGCUUAUGCCGCGAUUCUACUCUCUUUCUCAGGACCCUCAAAUCUCACGGACGGUCAAGGGAGAGCAGUCGCGUCGUCUAAUUGAAAUUGCCGUUACUGUGCAUGAGGCUGACGACUGGAGAGGUGGAAAGAGGACCGGUGUGGGAUCCGGUUUCCUGGAGCGUCUUGCCCAAAAGGUCAUGGCUGCUGAACGGGAGGGUAAAGACCCUCGCUCCCUUGAUAUUCACGUGCCUAUGUUCCGAGGCCUGAUGGCCAACCCGCUCGCCAGGGAGUUCGUUUCAGACGGUCCUAUGCUGUUGGUCGGUGCUGGUGUGGGCAUUGCUCCAUUCCGUGGUUUCGUCCAGAGACGCCUGAAGUCCGCCAACUGCGCCAACAAGGUCUGGGUGCUCCAGGGUAUUCGUGACUCUCUCCUGGAUGAACUGUACAGUGGCGAAUGGGGAGUUCAUGAAGACAAAGUGAAGAAGGUGGUUCAAAGCCGCCGCGGCGAGAGUCGAUAUGUCCAGGAAGAGGUUCGUCACCAGGCAGACCUGGUCUGGUUUGUCAUCAACUCCCUUGAUGGACGUAUCUUCGUCUGCGGCAGCAGCAAGGGUAUGGGAGAAGGUGUCGAGGAGGCUUUGGUCGACGUAGCCAUGGCCAAGGGUAACCUCAACCGUGAGGAGGCGCACUCCUUCUGGCAGCAGAAGAAGGAGGCUGGCCAGUACAUUGCUGUAAGUUGCCUUUUUAUGUCUUAUUAG